AUAACGGGAGGGAAUCCAGCUGUGCUGUGUCCAUGCAUGGUGUCUGGGGUUCGGGCAGACUCCCCGCGCUGCACGCACAGACUAAGGAGAUUGAUCCUUCCAGGCCUGCUGUUCCACUCGUGAAACGACCCACCAUAUGGAACAGGAGACAGAUUUUUCUUUCCCAGUUCCUGCUCCUUCAAUAUUUCUAGGUAAUAUCUAUGAAUUUCACACAGCCCUGUUUGUAAAACAGUGCCCUGUACCAGGGCGAGGACAGCCCAGAAAGACUCAGUUAAUGACAGAAAUGUCACCAGAGACCUCAUUCAGCACCACUGCCACCAUGGCUCCUCGAUGCUUGAAAGCCUCAGCCUCCCAGGGCUUCUCGGUGUCUCUCUCUCGGUCUCUCUCUCUCUUUCUGUCCCUCUGUCCCUCUGUCCUAGCCCCCUCCCUCAAAAGCUAUGAUAUGCCACAAACUCCAACCCAUGCUCUCAAUGCCAGCUGCCCAUGUGUCUGAGAGGAUCAGGUGUGCUGUGGGCUCCUGGUGGUGUUAGGACCCUGCAGUACCACCUGUGACUGCGAGGUCGCCUCUGUCCCUGGUUGCUCUGCUGGCUGCAGAGAUCUCCAGGGCAGCUUUCAGACCUAUUCCUCUUUCCUCACCCCCAAAAGAGCCCUGCUGCUGCUGCUGCAGCCCUGGCGCUUGAGUCCCAGCCCCUUUCCUCUCCGCCUCACUCCUGGCCUCCUGGUCCAUCUGCUGAGAGCUAUGACCCCCACCCCAGGCAGGUGCAGCUCCUCACCUGACACAAGGCCAGGAGGAGAGAAAGCAGCGGGAUGGGCCACACCCACCCAAGCUCCUGCCCUGAAGGCACAGGGAUAGGGAAGCAUUGUACCCCGCUCCUGCCUGCCCCCAGCACUGCCUUCUCUCCUUGGCUCUCUUCUGUCUUCAAUUUAAACAAGCUCCUCUCCUAAAAUAUCUUUACCCACUCCUUCCCUGCGGACCAAGCCCUUUGCUUCUGCUCCUGCCCCAGCCCACGCUGGGUGGGGGUUUCAGCUUCUGGGCUUUACCUAGGUGCAAGCAGGUGUUUGGAGAGCAGACGCAUCCGCCUGCACCUGCAGUAUCCACACAGCUUGCAUCAGGAGCUGUGUGACCUGAAGCGCCUCCAAAUGCAUUUCCUUGGCGCCCCCAGGCGCUGGGUGUGAGCCUCCGUGCCACAUGCUUGCUUGAGGGGCUCUGGACGGAGGAACCCCCUCCGUGACCCUGGCCUCUGUGUGUCCCCCUAGCCUGCAUCCUAAGCGCUCCUGUGUCUCUGAACAGACUCUGCAAUGACUCAUGUUCAGCCAGGCCCAGCCUCAGUCGCACACGCAGUCUCUGGGGGUGUGCCUGGCCCAGUCCCGGAAAGGUGAGUUAGGACCCUAUGGCGUUCUGGUGGCGGAGUUUCGGUGGUGGUCAGAGGGGGUCUAGGUGGGAAGGAGAGAGUUCUCAGCCAGGUUCAAGGACAGCAUGUUGGCUUUGGCCAUCAGGAGGCGCUGGAGACCCAGCCCUCUAUAGAGGUGGCUUCCAGCAGGAGGACAGAGGGAGACAGGUGAGCACCUUGGCCCUUGGCCUCGAUCUUGUGAGGCCCCAGAAAGCCGAUUACCCUGCAAAGCCUGGGGCUGACUUCCCAAAUCCUAAAUAGUGCUGCUCUGUCACAGUGAGCGUUAACCCCCACCCCGUUCCCUCAACACCAGGGUGCUUUCCAGAAGCUUCUGCCAAGGCUCUAGGACUACUGUCUCCAGAUGGACAGAGGCUCUGAGGGCCUGGAGGGCAGGGCGACUUUGCAGUUUGGAAUUGGGGACAUCUGGAGUUCCUUUGAAGGGGUGGAAACUCCUGGAGAAGGCUGUUAGCUUGGUCUCUGGGUAUGGGCAUUUUUAACUGGUAAUUUGGACAUUGGGCAUUGGGUUUAUUCAGUCUGAAGCUUUAUCCUGGGAUCAUUCUUUGGCUGCUUGGGUUCUUAGUGGAACCAGUUUCUGGGCUUCUCAUCCUGAGCCAGCACCAUCACCUCAGAACUUGGGCUGGCCCCUGAAGUUGAGGUCUUCUUAAAGGUGCAGUGUCUUUAGUUAUGGUUCCCUUGUCUCCACACUCCUUUUGAUUUCUUCUACUGGAAACAUGUGCUGUGAGUUACCUGCCUCGGUUUCUCCAACUGCAGCCACAGGCAGGAGGUACGGGUAUCAUCUCUUUUCCCUAAGGUUUGGACAGCUCAUCCCUUGCUAGGGGACUCCUGACCAGUGACCUAGCAGGGGGCAGGGACAUGGGCCUGAGUCUGCCCCUGUCCUCUCCUCUCCCCCUGCCGUGGUUGAGGAGACAGUUACCCCUCUUCCUUCCCUCGCUGGCCUCCCAGGAAGGCAGCCUGCUGGGGACAAGCAGCAGGCCACUGAGCCAUGCCAGCCCCCAGGCUGUAUCCUUACUGCCUCCCCCAUCCUGCAGGUCCAGCAUCCAGGUGGACAAGAAACUGCCCACCAGCCCCUCUGUCUGUGCACUGGCCUCCUGACCACAGCUGACUGUGGGGGAUGCCACCCACAGCCCUCAAGCCAUGAUGGUCUCCAAGUGGUCUUUUAUCAAGAUUGGUCUGGAAGGUUGAGGCAGGAGGAUUACAAAUCUAAACACAGUCUAAGCAGCUGAGAGUGUAGCUCAGUGCAGACAAAAGCCCUGGGCUGAAUCCAGAUAGAGCAAACACUAGGCGCUUGGGGAGAGAAGCACCAGGGUAGAGGCCAGAGUGCCCAGGACCCAAGGGAGUCCCCUGCCUUAGACGUGGGCUGUGUCUUCAGUGCAGUUCCCAUCCAGGGGAGUGGGGUCCACACGUCUGCCAUCAGGAUUCACCACGGAGACCGCAGAGGGCACAGGCCAAAGAGACAGGGAGCACUGGCAGCCCAGGGGCUGUGUGGGGACAUUGGGACCAACCAGCUCCCAGCGGCACCUUGGUGACGCUGCAGGUACAGCCUGCUGAUCCCUGAGGAGACAGUAAAGAUUAAGAGGAUCAUAAAAUGCACCCAGCACUGCCCUGGGAGAAAUCUCCCGAGCACAGCCACUGCUGCAAGGGACCUCAGGAAGUUGGGAACACUCCUGAGCAGAAGACAGGGACAGCAGGCAGGAGAGAGAGAGGCAAACAGGAACACAGAGAGACAGAGGAAAUCAGACACAGAAGCACCCUAGGACCUUCCAGGGUCAGGUCGACAGCACCCAUGAGCGCCAACGUUGCUGCCACUGUGCCUGUGGCUGUGACUGCCUCCAGGAAGGAGUCUCCUGGCCAAUGGGGUCGGGGGGAGGACCCUGCAGCCGCUGGCCCGGCGCUCCAGUGCCGCGUGUGCGGGGACAGCAGUAGCGGGAAGCACUAUGGCAUCUACGCCUGCAACGGCUGCAGUGGCUUCUUCAAGCGCAGCGUACGGCGGGGGCUGAUCUACAGGUGUCAGGUGGGCAUGGGGAUGUGCCCUGUGGACAAAGCACAUCGCAACCAGUGCCAGGCCUGCCGGCUGAAGAAGUGUUUGCAGGCCGGCAUGAACCAGGAUGCCGUGCAGAAUGAGCGCCAGCCCCGGAGCACAGCCCAGGUCCGGCUGGACAGCGCCGAGUCCGAAAGCGAGCCCCGGCCCAAGCUCCAGGCGGCCACCCCGACCCUGGCAGGGCCCAUGGCCAGGGGGCCCACACCUGUGACCAGAGCCCUGAGCCACCAGUUCCUAGACAGCCUCAUAACAGCGGAGACCUGUGCAAAGCUGGAGCCGGAAGAUGGUGAGCAGCAGGGGCUGCGGUCACUGCAGGUUCUGCUGACCCUCAGGCUCCCUGCUGCUUCCUACAGGGAAGCCGCUGAGUCACACAGUCCUCCUCCAACAGCAGAGGAGAACAUCGAUGUCACCAGCAACGACCCCGAGUUCCCAGUGUCACCCUGCAGCCUGGAUAGCGUCCAGGAGACAUCGGCCCGCCUGCUCUUCAUGGCAGUCAAGUGGGCCAAGAACCUGCCAGUGCUGUCCAACCUGCCUUUCCGGGACCAGGUGAUCCUCCUGGAAGAGGCCUGGGGUGAGCUCUUCCUCCUCGGGGCCAUCCAGUGGUCCCUGCCUCUGGACAGCUGUCCCCUGCUGGCCCCUGCCGAGGCCUCUGCGGCUGGCAGCUCUCAGGGCCGCCUAGCACUGGCCAGCGUAGAGCGGCGCUUCCUGCAGGAGACUGUGGCCCGCUUUCGGGCACUGGCCGUGGACCCCACAGAGUUCGCCUGCAUGAAGGCCCUGAUCCUCUUCAAGCCAGAGACGCCAGGCCUGAAGGACCCCGAGCACGUGGAGGCCCUGCAGGACCAGUCCCAGAUGAUGCUGAGCCAGCACACCAAGGCCCAUCACCCCAGCCAGCCCAUGAGGUUCGGGAAGCUGCUCCUGCUCCUCCCUUCUCUGAGGUUCCUCACCUCCGAGCGCAUCGAGCAUGUCUUUUUCUGCAAGACCAUAGGGAACACCCCCAUGGAGAAGCUGCUUUGUGAUAUGUUCAAAAACUAGGAAGAAUGGAAGAAAGGUUUCCAGCCAUUCCCAGAUCUCCUGAGGCUAAGCGCCCUCCUGCCCUUUGACCCAGAAAUUCUACUCUUAGGGUAUGUGAUCCUGGCUGAAAUGUGCCCCGAAAGAUACAGAGUCAGGGAACCUAGUAUAGAGGGACAGCCCUAGCCUAGCACAUGCAAGGACCUGGGUUCAACCUCCAGCACCGUCCGCAAAAAAACAAAGAAUAUUCAGCGUGACUUUUACUAGCCCCAGCGCUAAACUGGUGGAAUGAAUUCUAAUGUAUAUUAUUAUCUAGGAUAUGUAUUGUAUUCAUACAGUGAAAAUCCAUAAAGAAUGAGCUAGUUAUAGAGAGGACAACAUGAAUACAUUUCAUUGGUGUGAAAGUUGCACAAAAGCCAGACACAGUUUCUAUUUCCACAAAGGUCAAGAGCAGUCUGGAGGGGUGAAGGGCUGUAAGUGGGGACACAGCUGCCGCUGAGAGGCCGGCCAGGGACACUGGGUAGACUGGGCCCGGGCAGCCCUCUGGGCUGAUAGAAACGUCCUUUCUUUUGAGUCUGCUAGUAGGUUAGGAAAGGUGGCCGUAUGUAUAAAUUCACUAAGCUGCUUACUACACACUUACUAUAGACACAUAGAAGAAAAUGCAAGAAAAAGAAGGUUACUAACCUUCUUUUGGCGAGGGAGGACGUGCCUCCCGGGAAGAGGGUUCUUACACAGGCUGUGCUAAGUGGCCAGUUCCUCCUUACCUCCAGACUGGACUUCAAGAAGCAUUAGAAAAGUGGCAUCACUGGUUUCCUCUGGACUCAUUUUCUCUGCACAAGCUUUUCCCCAGGCUCUGCUUGUUCCCAGGAGAGCAGCACAGAGAAAGCCUGUUGCACUUCGUUCAGAAUCCCCUCCUGGUGACAGGAGCUGUUUCUGAGGUCCAAUAAAUACUCUCACAUCCUC